AUGAAGUUCGCAUCAAUCGUUACUCUGGCACUGCCAGCAGUAGCGCUAGCUCAGACAUCUACCCCAGCCGUCAGCGACACUCCAGCACCUUCUGGAUCCCCAGACUUGUCAAUUUGCGAAAAGCAGGCUGGUUCUUACGCCGACGCUUGUCCCAGAUGUAAUCCAAAUCCCAAUGCUGGCAACACGGUGGUAACAACUGCAGGGAACUGGCUAUUAACCAAGUUUGCGGCUGAGAGGACUGCUAUUCUGGACGAGUGA